GUAGGUGUAGAAGAAGAAUAAGUAGGGCGGUCUUAUUCCACGUAACAUGUAGAAGAGUAAUAUUCUAACGGGCACUGUAGUAGUAAGCACUUGUAUACGCUGUUCUGUAAACAUGCGAAUAUUUUUUUACUUUGUUAAGUGUGAAAAGAAUACAUGGACAACAAAAAAAGAAGUUAACGUCAACAAUAACAACACAAUUAAGUAAUUCAAAGAAGAUAACGAUGAAGAUGAGUGAAUGGAUGAUGGGGAGAAUCCCAGGUGAGUCCCUCCCUUAAAUUAGCAAAUGCGUCAGGCUCCAGUCGCUUGUUGACACGGUGCGUUACUUUAAAUGAAUAUAGACGACAAACAUUAUGUCGGCGAUGGAAGCUCAACCCGGACGAGGUUUUGACUCUUUAUUCACUGAUUUGUUGGCCUUUUGCGUGGAUUCUGUUGCCACGUGUGUCUCCUCUGACGCAGCAGACAAACGCUGUGUCCUCCUCGGCCUUAGCUCUUUGUCGUCGCUCUUUCUACUUCUCUCGGGUCUUGUCCUCUUGUAUCAGAGGUGCAGGUGUGGAGGAAAUGCAGAAGAAACCGUCAUUUACUUCUACUGCUUCAUCGGUAACGUGUGCAACACUCUUGGAGCCAUUUUGUCAGGACAGCUUUAUAUUCAGGUUUUAAUGGGUGCGUUUGCUGCUGCUGUGGAUGCUGUCAAUGUCAUGGCUGGCUGCUUCCCAGUGUUUCUGCACUCGAACUCAAAGACAGAAAGACGGCUGAGGAGCAUGAGGAGGCAGAGGAGGAGACAGCAUUUCCUUGCAGUGUGUGUGUUGAUGAUGGUCACAGGAGGUUUUCUGAAAUCAAUGGUCAACCCAACAAACAGGUUUCUCAGUGGAAGGAGACUUCUGCAUGUCGCUCUUCCAGGCAACACAGACGUCCUGGGUUACGUUCUUGGAUGGAUCGCUUUUGUCAUCGUCUGCACUGCCAGGUUUCCUGCAGUCUGCAGCGUCUACAGAGGACAGAUGUUGCCACAGGCCUGCUUGAUCUCAGGACUACUCUGCUCAGUGGCUGGUUCCCUCAAUGCCGCUGCUCUUCUCCUCUACAACACUCAGGUUGGAUUUCUCCUGAAGGUCAUGCCAUGGCUCCUGUCAGCAAUAUGCUGUGUCACUCUGGAUCUUCUUACUGUAGUCCUCCACUGUUGCAAGAGAGACACAAGGCAGCAACUUGUGAGCCUUUCUUUUUCUGACACAGAGAGGCUUUUAGGCGACUCGGGGGUCCCCUCUGAAGAGAAUGCUCUCAUGAUGAACUACAGAACACAAAAAGGGAAUUCAUUAGCAGGAACAAAUAAAACAAAAGUCCAGAAGAUGUCUGAAAUGGGUUGCUACAUGGAUGUCAGUCUUCAACCCGAACGAGAAAUAUGCCUACAGGAGGAGGCAGAGGACAGGCCUCUCAACAGGACGGUGCGAGGGAUCAGAACUGAAGGUUUCUGCUUUUCAGAUACGUCCUGUGACUCUUCAACAAUCAGUUCAGAUCUAGAGUGGGAUUUUGAAGAAGCAAACGGCCAGUGGAGAACAUCAGUACAACAGCAGAAUGACGAGUUCCCCUUUCAACAGUGUCCAGCAAACCCCAACCCCUUAAAUUUCUGCACCUGUGCCAUGUCUAGACUCCCAAUAACAAUCCUGCCAGGGAAACAAGAGGGUGUCACCACUGUAAGCCUGGCAAAGUGAUAGAAGAACUGUCAUUUUCAGUUUGUAAUACGUUAGAUAUAAACAUCUGUUUCUUUAAUUUGAGAGGCAAUAAAGCCUGCAAACACUGUGUGUGUGUGUGUGUGUGCGCGUGCGAGUGAGUGAGACUGUAAAAUGAUUGUGGAAAUCAGGGUUUGGGCUGGUUGAGUAGUUUUGCCUUAACUUGUAGCUGUUUGUUAGAAUGGAGGAGUUAAUGUCAAAACUCAGCCCUCUGACAUCUUUUUAGACGGUUCUCGGAAAAGACCCGCACUAAUAAAACAAUAUUGCUC